AAUAAAUCAAAAAUUCAGGUCAAAUGUUAAAUCCCUUGCCAUGUAAGCAUGACAUGGCAAUUUUUUGCCAUCCAAGCAGCCAAGGGGGGUGUGUCCUCAACGGCAGUUAAGUCAGGCCGGCAGUCCCAAACGGCAGUUAAGUUGGCGUAAGAAGAAGGGCUUAAUUGCUUUGAUCCCCGAGUUCAAGGGCUUAUAUGCAUCAAUUACAGUCUAGGGGCUUAAUAGCGAUUCUGGGGUUGGUUCAGGGGCUUAACUUAUGGUUUUGCCAUAUUUUGCUAUCAUGGGACCCCUGAGGUUUGCUUUCCUAAUUAAUUAGAAUAAUAGUA